AUGGAAGGCAAAAACACCGAGCUUAAUAGGAAUACUAGCCAAAUCACCAACGGUGAUAUACCAGGUCAGUCACAAAGAACGAAUUCUGACUCGGUUAUGGCCAAUCUUACUUCGGACCCGUUUCGCGAAUAUCAAAAUGUACGCUUAAACCCUGAGAAUGUAGAGGAAUUUUGGAAACAGGCCAGCACCAUCAUCAGUGAAAGGGUAAAAUGGGUUCUUGGUCACCUACUUGAACCAUCUCAACAACCCACUCGACCAUCGCAAUCCCAUUCUCUUGAGCAUGCAGCAAAUGCAAGACUGCCUAAUGUCCAAACAUGUAGUGGCCCAUCAACACCAUUAUUGGGAUCACUUACAGUUCAACAAUAUAUUGAUGAGUUCAAUAAAGAAGCACUUGGUCAACGGUCAAACGAAAGUGAUAUAAGCUCCCAAAGAACGGAAAAUUGGAAACGACAUGUAGACUAUUUAAUUGAAAUGGCUGAAAGGAGCCUCGUUGAUAUACGCAAUAUUUACGGGAGAAAUCUAACGGGCUCUAAACAUCGACGAAUAGAUGGUAUGGCGGAAAGACGUUUUGAUAUUUCUCGAUUGGACAACAUGGAGGUCCCGAGUGUUCCCUUGUUUAGUGAUAUGCCUCUUGCUAAGGCAAUGGAAGAACAUCUAUCUUCGCAAUCGAGUGCUCAUACUUCCGAUUCCUCAGAUGAAGAACUGGAUGAUAUAAAGAUUGUUGAAAUUGUGGGCGGAGAAGAAUGA